AUGGUUGACAUGUCUGCACAAAAUGCCAAGUCACGGGACAUAUUGGCAGAGUUGAAAAAGCGAGAUUCGAACAACGUGAGCACCAUCAGAAUCAUAUAUAAUGCACACAAGAAGCACAUGACCUCUGAGAGAUCGGGUCAAUCACAAAUGCAAGUUGUAUUCUCAUUCCUCAAAGACCAAGAAUACUUUUUUGAUUAUCGAGCAAACCAUGCAACCAAUGAGCUCGAAGAUUUGUUCUUCGCACAUCCUGGCUCGCUAGAUCGAUUGUAUGCAUUCCCACACGUAUUGUUGAUAUAUGCGACAUGUCAGACCAACAGAAAGUUGGACAUAUCUGUCAAUUUUGCUGAAUGCCUCUCAUUGUGA